AAAAAGACUUGGUGAAUGGGCAAUGAUAAAACAGAUGCAGAAUCGAUUCUUCUUCAAUAUUACAAAAGAAACAUAAGAUACAUCCUGAGAAAACCUGCUCAAGAAUGGAGCUGUCACGCGGCAUUUUUCUUCAUGAAGGCACACUCUUGCUCGCUGACAGCCGCGUGCCUGUUUCCAGUCUGUGCUUCAGCAGCAGCAGCAGCAGCAAUGGCUCUCCUCAAAACGUCCCGGUUCAUAUCUUCUGUUGGGAGUUUGACACCGUCUUUGGCUACCCUACCCAUUCGAGCCAGCUCAUGGUGGACUGAGGUGCAGAUGGGACCCCCUGAUCCCAUCCUGGGGGUGACAGAGGCCUACAAACGGGACACAAACUCUAAGAAAAUGAACCUGGGUGUGGGGGCAUACAGGGACGACAAUGGCAAGCCAUAUGUUCUCAACUGUGUCCGCAAGGCAGAGGAUCUGAUUGCCUCUAAGAUGCUGGAUAAAGAGUAUCUGGCCAUUGGAGGUCUGGGUGACUUUAGUAAGGCUUGUGCUGAGCUCGCGCUGGGGCCAGACAGUGAGGUUCUUAAAAGCAAGAGGAGCAUUACUGUCCAGACAAUCUCGGGCACUGGUUCUCUGAGGAUUGGAGCGAACUUCCUGUCACGGUUCCACACAGCGGCAAAGGAUGUCUAUUUGCCGAAACCAUCCUGGGGAAAUCACACCCCUAUUUUCCGUGAUGCUGGUAUGCAGCUGAAAGCAUACCGUUACUAUGAUCCUGCUACCUGUGGCUUUGACUUUACUGGAGCACUCGAUGAUAUCUCGAAAAUUCCAGAGCAUAGUAUAAUCAUGCUCCAUGCUUGUGCUCAUAACCCCACUGGUGUCGACCCCCGACCAGAGCAGUGGAAGGAGCUCUCGGCUGUCAUCAAGAAGAAGAAACUUCUAGUGUUCUUUGACAUGGCCUACCAGGGCUUUGCUAGUGGAGAUAUUGAUCGCGAUGCCUGGGCUGUGAGAUACUUCAUUGACCAGGGGCACAAUGUCCUCUUGUCUCAGUCCUUUGCCAAGAACAUGGGUCUCUAUGGUGAGCGUGUUGGAGGGUUCACAGUGGUGUGUGCUGAUGCUGAGGAGGCAAAGAGGGUGGAGUCUCAGCUGAAGAUUCUGAUUCGCCCCAUUUACUCCAACCCACCCAUGAAUGGAGCACGCAUCGCCUCCACGAUCCUCAACACACCAGAGCUACGCUCUACAUGGCUGGAGGAGGUGAAGGGUAUGGCCGACCGUAUCAUUAAAAUGAGAGAAAUGCUGGUGACUAAUCUGAAGAACGAGGGCUCUACUCACAACUGGCAACACGUGAUCGACCAAAUCGGCAUGUUCUGCUUCACUGGACUCAAACCUGAGCAGGUGGAGCGUCUGACAAAGGAGUUUUCUGUUUACAUGACUAAAGAUGGCCGUAUCAGCGUUGCCGGUGUGACCUCUGGAAAUGUGGGAUACCUUGCACAUGCCAUUCAUCAGGUCACUAAGUAGAUCAAACUUAUGUUGAGACAGGAGAUUGGUCUACUGGUCCUGUUUCUGUUAGUCCGUCCCACUAUUCCUCUUUGGACUCCGAUCUCGGCUUCACUUUAUUUGGCUGUUUUGCUAGGUCAACAUGAAUCCUGAACAUGUUAUCAGGGUGUCUAACGGUAACCUUAAGUCAUCUCACAGGAUAUCUUGUGGUUCUGUGAUUAAUAAGCACAUUUGAGAACAUUUUUCAUCCUGUUAAAAUUCUGUAUGAACUUUAUUUAUUGUGUGAGUGAAGUAAAAUGAACAACAAUAAUAAAGGGUAUUGUGUCCAUUUAA